AUGUUACUCCUUCUAGCUGCCUUUGCAGCAACAGCAGCCGCUCAAGCCAUCAAUGGCACCUGUCCAAUUCCAUUAUCACAACAGCGCACCGAUCUCACCACCAUUGGACGAUGUUCCGCCGAUUUGGAUGUCAUCGGGCCAGGAUUGGAAGCCGUUCAUGAAUACGUACGGGCUCCCACGGGAUUAGGUUUGGAUCCAGAUGGCAAUAUCUUCUUCACCUAUGCACGCAAUAUGGAGCCACAAAACUGGACUCUUACAAAAGCUACAGGCUUUAAUAGUGAAGCUCCUUGGCCAUCAGCUGAAUGGCAAAAUUGUGCUGCGGGCCAAAAUGCUUCAGAGUGCUUUGUCAACGUGCAGAAUGUAGUUUUGGAUGCGGAAGGCACGUUUUGGGUUAUUGAUAGUGGAGUUCCUAAUGGAGCUUCCCACCCCACAACCUAUGGAGCUAAAAUUAUGGCAUUCAACUACACUACCGGAGAGCUAAUCCGUAACUACAUCUAUCCACCUGAGCUUUACUAUGCCAAGAUCCAAUUGAACGAUAUCAAAGUCAACAAUACACUCGGUACCGCCGGAUAUGCAUUCGUUACCGAGGAUUCGGCAUACGGUUCUAUCACAACUAUAGACCUCGAUACUGGAGCUACCAUUAGACAUCUCUUCAACAGUACCUUCACCACUCCUGACCCACAUUUCAUCUCCAUGUACAAUGGAGAAGUCAUCAGAAACUGGGCCGGCACUACCUCUUCAAAUCUCAACUCUGGAACUAACGGUAUUGCAUUGACCGGGGGUAAUGUCUAUUGGGGUGUCAAGGCUUCUAACCACUGGUACUUUGCGUCUCAAGAAGCUUUCAUCUCUAACUUGACAGACGCAGAGAUCGAAGCUGUGGUCCAAAAUCCUGGAAACUUCCCAUCUGAGCAAGCUGGAUUUACGGCUGAUGACCGUGGAAGAGUAUACAUCUGUGCUUCUGCUCAAAACGCUAUUCUCUACGCCGACACUCUUCAAUCCGAAGUCACCGAUGAGGUGAACGGGGUUCCAGCCGGUGGCGAAGGCAUGGUAGCAGCUGCGAACUAUAACCUCAAGACCCUCGUCCGUGGUGGUCAAGUACAGGCUGCUGAUACAAUGGCCAUCUUGGAUGGAUGGCUAUACUUUACUACCAAUCAACAAGGACUCGCUCCUGGUAGACAGUAUAAGAAUAUUGAUAAACGAAGAGGUCCUUUCAGAAGUUAUCGCACCUGGAUUGGAAGAGGACCUGCUGUUUAA